UGGCCUCGGGCAGAUAACCUAGUACCUACCUAUGAACAUAAGAUAUUGGUAGAAGUGGUACCUCAGUAGAAAGUAUUGUUAGUAUAACAGAAUGCUUGUAAAUGAUGGAAGGAUAAUGUACGUGUGUUCUCAUUGUUUGGUAUUGUGCAAUUGUAGUGUCGCAUAUUCGCAUCACUCCACAUCACACGUACUGAGAUAAUGGCCAGUCAAAGGAAGUUCCGCUCCAUUGUGCCGUACAGUUUUGAACCCGUUUACAAGGAAGGAGAGUGUCCACCGAAGCGUUCACGAAGAAGUAGCAGCAGUAGUGAGGACGAAGAACCCUCGGCCACAAUUACUGGAGAGACUAGAUGGUGCUCUUGCCAACAGUGCAUACAAAUGAGUUCAAGCUUGGAAUGCUACUGCUGUGCUUCAUCACCACGUGCCUGUGUCAAAAUGAAUGAACUUGAUCCGGCACCCAGGUGCAUUACCGAACAUUCGCUCUUUGGCAGCACUUGCUUGACAACACACUUUCUGCACAUACUAAUGCGAGCAAUGUACGUCUUCAGAGGGAAUUUUCGACAAACGAACUGGACAAACAGUACUUAUAGGUUUGUUGCGUAUCGUGCAUAUGUGUUGUGGAUGUAUGAAAAUCGAAAGCUUGGAUAUGGACAUCGUGUAGUCAUACCCUCGUGUGUGGUGAACAAAAUCCGGCAGAGAUUUCCUUCGGAUGAAGCAGACUAUACUGGCUUUAAGCCAUUUGAGGGUUUUUGGAUGUUUGAUUAAAUCUUAAAACAGUUGUAUGUUGCAGGCUGUCUUGACAAGGACUAUAUCUUAAAACAUUUUCAACAUUGACAGUUAUUUAUCAGUGUACAAAUCGAGUUACAAAGCUGAGUGUUACAUUCUGUAUCUUUUUGUUUUACUGUUAUAGGACAUUGCCUCAGUAGCUGUACGCAGUUUACUGUACGAGUAAAGUAUUUUUUUGAAAAGUUUGGAUGUGUCUUGUCAAAGUUGGGUUACCUAGAAGAUAAACUGCAAUUAAGUGCAUUGCUUUACUGCAGUGUCUGUAUGAUUACUUUUGUGAAUCUUUGGUGGAAUGUAGGUAAUUUUGCAGUGUGUUGAAGCUAAAUUUCUGUACCUUGAAAUCAGUGUUGCAGCUCAAUUUUGUUAGUCAUUAAAAAUUUUACUUUUCCUAAAUUCAAUAAUAUGGGUUAUGUGUUUCUUUCGAAUUGAAACAAUCUUGUUAUGCAUUGCAUUGAAUUGGAAGUCAUACAACAUAGGGAAUGUUUUCAAAAUUGUCAUUCAUAUAACAUUAACAGUAGCAGCAAAGCAUACAUUGGGUCUGCCAUAGGUGUAAGAUAAUGACUUUUAUUUAAUUUCUUUCCUAAAGGUCAUCUUGCAGUACAUCAUGCCUCACUGUCUUGCCUAUGCAUGUGCAACACACACUGGGCGACUUGAGGAAGGUGUGUCCAUACAUGCCUUCCCCAGGGAUGUUCACCUUUGCACUGUGUGGGUGAGUCGAUGUGGAACGGAUGUGGGCCACAUCCCGACUUUUGUCAAAGAAGUGAUGCGCAGUAAGAGAGCAAAGUAUUACCUUUGUUCUAAGCAUUUUAAUGACUCCAUGUUUGAAGUCAACUUCAUGAAACAACUUCUUCCUCCACAUGUUAUGAAACGUCAGACUCGCCGACGCCUAAAGAAAAAUGCACUGCCAACCAACUUCAGUCAUACACAGAAUAAAGAAAGAACAUCAUCCAGUCUACGUAUUGCCGGACAGGAACGG